AAGCUCCACUUCAGCUACCACACGCGCAUCACACGUCCCUCAACACGCUCAAUUCGAGCCACCGCAAACCCGCGAGGGUCCAUCCGUGCCCAGCGACGGCUUCCGCGACCGUUCCUAUACAACCGCCAGCCACCUGCCUGAAUACUACACGCGCUGAGACGCGAUGGCGCCACGGAGUCGCCGGAGCGCCGCAGCGGAGGUUGUCGAACAAGAAGAGGAGGACUCGUUGAAGAGGCUCAAGUUCAAACAGCCGCUUAUCGGCAAGCCAGGAAAACCAAUUAGUGUGGGGGAGCUGUUAACGCGGCUGAAGGCCUUGUGCGAGGAGUUGCGCGGCUUGGAGCAGGAGGAAGCUGACCGAGAGUCCCUGGAGCCCGUCGCAAAAGACUUGGCCCAUCAGAGUCUGCUGCAUCAUAAAGAUGCGGGCGUGCGCGCGUGGACCGCGUGUUGUAUUGUCGAUAUGUUCCGGCUAUGUGCUCCGGAUGCGCCGUACACAGCCGCCCAGCUCAAGGACAUAUUCACUCUCAUUGUCGUGAAGAUAUUCCCCCUACUUGCAGACCCUUCGAACCCGUACAAUGGCCAGCAUCUAUACGUACUGAAGUGCCUCGCCGAAGUUAAAAGUAUUGUCCUCCUAACGGACAUCCCUUCCUCAGGACACCUGACCACGACCCUCUUCCGAACAUGUUUCGACGUUCUGUCUGGACCCUCAAAAGCGACAAAUGGGGAGGAGUUGAGCAAGAAUGUCGAGCAUCAUAUGACUGCUGUAUUGGCAAUCCUCAUUGACGAAGCUGUGACCCUCUCCUCGGACGUCGUUGAUGUAAUCAUGGCGCAGUUCCUGUGGGCGGACCCGAUAUCUCUUGGGGCUAUAAAGGGAAAGAAGAGUGGCCCUAUAGACUUGAAGCAGUCCACCUUGCUUCGCAAGGAGGCGCCACCAGCUUACAACAUGGCUAAGAAUCUAUGCAACUCCUGUCCGGAUAAGAUGGCCCGUUAUGUGGGCACAUACUUCCGAUCUGUUAUCAUCGACUUCACUUCACUUGGAACCGCGCUAUCAAAGCACAAAUCAAGACUGAGGGCAAGCAGCGUAGACGAUGAGUCCGAAGACGACGCCGCGAAAGGACCUUCCGAGGAGGAUCUUAACGAUGCUCACAAGGCUCAUAGAUUACUUCGGGAAUUGUGGAGAUGUGCGCCAAGCGUUCUACAAGAUAUCAUCCCUCAUCUGCAGGAAGAGCUGGGUACAGAAAACAUUCAGCUCCGACAACUGGCAACGGAGACUUUUGGAGAUAUGAUCGCAGGAAUUGGAGCGGCUGGACCCCCUCCGCCCCCUGAUCUGAAUCCUGCAGCGUACCCAUCACAGAGCCUGACCCCCUCGGUGCCCCGUCCGUACAAUUUCCUUACCACGCCCACCUCACCCAAUUCGUUCUCAUCACAAUAUCCGGGGGCCUACCAUUCUUUCUUACAGCGUAAACAUGACAAAUCCCCGCUUAUCCGUGCCGCAUGGGCGACGGGCAUUGGUCGAAUACUGAUGACAUCCGCUGGGGGCGUGGGCCUUGAGUCUGAAGAAGAGGAACGGCUGCUCAGGUAUUUUGCGGAGACCCUGAUAGAUAGCGACGAGCGCGUUCGCCUCGCGGCUGUCAGGACCAUCGAGAACUUUGACUUCGACGACAUCGUCCAGAAACUGGGCCGUAAUGGGACCAUGUCCGAGCCGGGUUCUGUUCUCUCCAACUUAGCCGACAGGGUAAAAGACAAGCGGAAUGUAAUCCAUACCGAGAGUAUAAAACUAUUAGGGAAGAUCUGGGGCGUUGCUGUGGGCGCUAUUGCGGAAGGCAAUGAGAGAGUCACAGCCUUGCUAGGGCCCAUUCCGUCAAGAAUCUUAGAAGCUUGCUAUGUCAACGACCUGGAGAUUACCAGGCAAGUUGACCUGACAUUCUUCGAGUCGCUCUUACCUCUCGGCUAUCCUCCCAUGAAGCCCAAAGCAUCCGCUAAUGGCCUCUCGCAAAUUGUCAAGGAUAGUCAGAGCAUUACUGAACCCAGCUAUACUGAGGCAGACCUGGACAAGAUUCGUGUUGAGCGACAACUGGUGCUCGUCAAUGGCCUAGAAGAGAAAGCGAAGAAGGUAUUCUUCGCCAGACAGGCAAAUCAAGCGAGGGGCGCGCCGUUCAUGGAAACUUUCCUCAAGCUAUGCGAGGAAUACAACGGUGGUGUUACAGGCAAUGAGGCUAAGGACACUAAGACGAAACUUCAGGCCUUGAUCGAUUACUAUGGAAGGACGCUACCUGACUCGUCCCGCGUUGUUGGCGACCUAUGGAAGUUUGCGGAAACCCACGACAGGAGAAGUUACCAACUCAUCCGGUUCUGCAUGGCACCCGAAAGCGAGUAUCGAAAGAUCCCCAAGUCUAUUAAAGAACUUCGUAGGCGCUUGGAAGACAGUCAUAACUCUUCUCUACUGGAGACUCUGAUACCCCUAGUCUACCGAGUGAGCCUGCUGUGUUACAAUAAGAGCCAUGUUCCUGCCAUUAUCACGUAUUCCCGCACGGACGAAGGCGGCCUGGGAGCCACUGCCCAUGAAGUUUUGAAAGAGAUAUCCACAAAUAACCCAAAGGUGUUCUCUACUCAUGUCAAGGAGUUGUGCAAGGCUUUGGAGGACGACGCGCCGACUGCCAAUUCUCCAAACUCUCCUGGUGCCGUGGAUAACCUGAAGGCAUGUUCCGGCUUUGCUAAGAAGUUCCCAAAAGAGAUACCUCUGGACGCCAAAGACGGUCGCAAGCUGGUUCAGAGCUUCGUGAAUUUUGCUCUCUACGGCUCGCCGCCCAAAGCUGCCAAACAUGCGAUUACUAUCAUUAUUCAUAGUGACAGCAAGAAGGAGAUGCGUGCGAAAGAAAUACUGGCGAAGAGCAUUAAGAGUUUCGAGUACGGUGGCGACCACUUUCUCACGAAACUCGCGGCCAUCAGUCAGCUGGUGCUUCUCGCCCCUCAAGCGUGUGAAGACGAUGCCGAUGCUAUCGUUGAUAUCGCUGUCAAUCGUGUCUUGCUCAGGCCCCACGACACCUCAUCAGACGCGGAGUCGGAGUGGAUGGCAUCUCCCGAUGACGAUAUGAUCGCUCGGACUUGGGCCUUGAAGAUCCUGGUCAACCGACUUCGAUCCCUACCGCCCGAAAAGCAGGACAUCACGGAAUAUGCAAAACCGGUGUACUCACUGCUGAACAAGAUGGUCAAGGAGUCUGGCGAGGCUUCGAAGAAAAAGAACACGCCACUUGCUCACAAGAACCUGCAGCUUCUCCUGGCUGCACAACUUUUGAUCAAGCUCUCCUGUAUGCGUCGGUUCGACGCCUUGCUGACGCCCGAAGACUUCAAUCAGUUGGCUCUUGUCACUCACAAUAAGCAGAAAGAGAUACGGGAGGGGUUCGUCGCUAAACUCAAGAAGUAUCUCGGCCAGAAUAGGCUGCCGCAGAGGUUUUAUGCCCUUAUGUUCUUCUUCGCAUACGAACCCGACAAUAACAUACUGGAGGGGGUCAUGACAUGGAUCCGUGCCCGCCGGCAUGCGCUGGCAUUGCGGCAGGAUAUCACUUUCGAGCUCGUGUUUGCCCGGCUGCUGAGCUUGCUGGCGUACCAUCCCGACUUCGAAAAUGACAACGAAACGCUAAAGGUCAUGAGCAAGUACAUCUUGUUUUAUCUCAAGUGUGUGGCGAUAGCGGAUAAUAUAUCCCUCAUAUAUCACGUCGCGCAACGAGUGAAAGGGGUCGCAGAUGGGAUUGCGCAAACGCCCCAAGCGGACGAAAGGCUCUAUGUUCUCUCGGAUCUUUCACAAGCGCUGAUCCGUAUUUGGGAAGAGGUACAUGGUUGGAGUAUGCAGUCGUGGCCGGGCAGCACGAAGCUGCCGGCGGGAAUCUUCAAAAAAUUGGAGACCCAUGAGCGCGCACAGGAGAUUGCGGACAAGGUCUGGAUCGAUGAAGAAAUCACCGAGGAGCUUGAGCCUCUAGUGCGUAAGGAACUGAAAAGCAAGAAAAGGAAAGCAACGGAUGGUGGAGAGAAGAAUAACAAGAAAGUGAAGACCGAGAAAGCUGUCAAGAAAGACAAAACGAGGAGCGAAAGGCCGGUGAAGACACCCAAAUCCAGGAGGAGAAAAGCGGACGAUAGCGAGGAGGAAGAUGAAGAGGGAGAAAGGGUUGUGCCGUCAUCGCGCGAACCCAGGAGGAAGAGCGAUAGACGCAGCACGGCGAAGAGCUACGUAGAAGUCUCCAGUGAUGAGGAUGAGGAAGAAGCGGAGGACGAUGCCGGAGAAGAGGAAGAAGAGGAGAUUGCGGAAGAGAAUGAGAAAGCCAGCUCUGAACGGGAGGAAGCGGCAGAAGACGUUGAGAUGGCGGAACCAGAUUCGGCGCAACGAGCGGCAAAUGGAGACCAAGAGGAGGAAGCCGAAGAAGCCGAAAAGGAGCCCAAGCCGGCACCGCAACCUGCUUCUGCACGGAAACGGACGUCCAGGAAGCAGACCGCAACCGCCAAUGGUACCGUCGAGGAGAAGGAAGAGACAAGUACCUUGUCGCUCAGAGGAGGGAGGGGUGCAGAGCGUUCCAGGAGAUCGGGUCCGGUAGAAGCGUCAUCAGCCGCAUCAGAGAAGAGCAAGGCAAACAACAAACUGCCGCAGAGCUCCAGUCCAGCUACUACAGGCAGCGUCCGUCGAAGCGCCCGCACAAGGGCUUGAGAGUGCUACAUCCACCGAGGGAGUGUUGCGAAGCUUCGUGCUUCUAUCGCGUAUAUAUCAGUCUUUCGGAUUUCACCAUGGGCGGUUUGGCUUAUGAACGGCAAACGGGAUGACCUUAUCAUCUUUACAUAGCGUUGUCUGGAGACUGUGUCUAUUAAUAUGUCUCCAGUGAGCAUCUAUUUCAUGAUACCUCAAUCUUUAUGUUUCUUAAUCAGCGGAUUGCUUCAGCUUCUGCUUUAGGGAAUUCUGGUCAUCUGUAGGUUUCAAUGCCGCGCGGUUAGAUAGAUAAAGGUGAUAUCUUGAAUCCUG